GGCGGGGACCAAGGGACGGCUUGGCUGUUUCACCCCGCGCGCGCGGCCAGAGCGCCCCGGCCCCGGCAGAGGCCAGAAGUGCCUGGAGCCCCGCAGCAGAGCGCCGGGCUGCCCGGAGCCCCACGAUGGAGAUGGCAGAGGCGGAAUUGCACAAGGAGAGGCUGCAAGCCAUAGCAGAAAAAAGAAAGAGGCAGACAGAAAUAGAGGGGAAGAGAAGACAGCUUGACGAGCAGGUACUGCUGCUCCAGCAUUCCAAGUCCAAAGUGCUCCGGGAAAAAUGGCUGCUGCAGGGUGUACCAGCAGGCACAGAGGAGGAGGAGGAAGCCAGGCGCCGGCAGUCUGAGGAGGAUGAGUUCAAAGUCAAGCAGCUUGAAGAUAACAUUCAGAGGCUGGAGCAGGAAAUACAAGUGCUCGAAAGUGAGGAGUCCCAGAUAUCUGCCAAAGAGCAGAUCAUCCUCGAGAAGCUGAAGGAGACAGAGAAAUCCUUCAAGGACUUGCAGAAGAGCUUCUCCACUGCUGAUGGAGCUAUAUACGCCAUGGAAAUUAAUGUGGAGAAAGACAAACAAACAGGAGAGACCAAGAUUCUCUCUGCAUCCACCAUUGGCCCAGAGGGGGUCCAUCAGAGAGGAGUCAAAGUCUAUGAUGAUGGUACCAAAGUAGUGUAUGAGGUGCACUCAGGAGGCACUGUGGUAGAAAAUGGAGUCCACAAAUUAAGCGCAAAGGAUGUGGAAGAGCUAAUUCAGAAGGCUGGACAAUCGAGCUUCAGAGGACAUAUCUCAGAAAGGACUGUUGUUGCAGAUGGGAGCCUGGGCCAUCCCAAAGAACACAUGCUCUGCAAAGAAGCCAAGUUAGAAAUGGUGCAGAAGUCCAGGAAAGAUCACUCUUCAGGAAACCCCGGGCAGCAGGCCCAGCCCCCCAGCACAGAAGGGCCAGAGGCAAACCUGGAUCAGCCCGUCACCAUGAUUUUUAUGGGCUACCAAAACAUUGAGGAUGAAGAGGAGACUAAAAAGGUGCUAGGCUACGACGAAACUAUCAAGGCCGAAUUAGUCCUGAUCGAUGAAGACGAUGAGAAGUCACUACGAGAGAAGACGGUGACGGACGUGUCCACCAUCGAUGGAAACGCAGCUGAGCUGGUGUCCGGGAGACUGGUGUCAGACACCACAGAACCCUCAUCCCCAGAAGGCAAGGAAGAGAGCCUAGCCGCAGACCCCGACCCAGCAUCUGGGUGGUCCAAUGUGCUGCUACAGGGGGAUAAGGCAACUGCAGAUCCCGUAGGAACCAACACAGACAUGGCCAUCAAGAAGCCUCCCCAGCUUUCUGAGGAUGAUAACCAGCUGAGAAGCAAGCAAGACAACUGUGGUGACAGUCGCCUGGAGCCUGCCACCAGCCCUCCCUCCCCAGAUCACAAAAACAUGGAAAUUGGGGUGUCUGUGGCAGAAUGUAAAAGUGUACCUGGAAUCACCUCAACCCCCCAUUCCAAGGACCACUCCUCCCCUUUCUAUUCACCCUCACACAAUGGCCUCUUUAAUGAUCACCGUGAGUCCUUAGAUAAUGAUGUUGCCAGAGAGAUCCAAUAUCUAGAUGAGGUGCUGGAGGCCAACUGCUGUGAAUCUUCUGUGGAUGGAACUUACAACGGAAUCUCUUCCCCAGAGCCUGGUGCAGCCAUACUGGUGAGCAGCAGCUUAGGCUCACCGGCCCACACAGCCACCCAGGCAGAACCCACCGAGAAAGCAUCUGGCAGGCAGGUGCCUCCUCACAUUGAGCUCAGUAGAAGCCCCUCUGACACCAUGGCUGAAGGAGAAAGAGCCAAUGGCCACACCGCUGUCCAGCCCCAAGACAUGCUGGGGGACAGCUUGCAGGCACCUGCCAGCCCCAGUUCCUCUACCAGCUCCCAUUGCUCCUCCCGAGAUGGGGAGUUGACACUCACCACACUGAAGAAGGAGGCCAAGUUUGAGCUGCGUGCAUUCCAUGAGGACAAGAAGCCCUCUAAGCUCUUUGAGGAGGACGAGCGUGAGAAGGAGCAGUUCUGUGUCCGGAAAGUGAGGCCCUCCGAAGAGAUGCUGGAGCUGGAGAAGGAGAGGAGGGAGCUCAUUCGUAGCCAGGCUGUGAAGAAGAAUCCUGGCAUUGCCGCCAAGUGGUGGAAUCCUCCCCAGGAAAAAACUAUUGAAGAACAGCUGGACGAGGAACAUCUGGAGUCACACAGAAAGUAUAAGGAGCGCAAAGAGAGAAGGGCACAGCAGGAGCAGCUACAGUUGCAGCAGCAGCAGCAACAGCUACAACAGCAGCAGCAGCUGCAGCAGCAGUCCCCGCCCCAGCUCCACACAGCCCCAGCUUCUCAUGAACACCUAGACGGCACUGAGCACGCAAAGGAGGAUGUCGUCACUGAGCAGAUUGACUUCUCUGCUGCGCGCAAGCAGUUCCAGCUGAUGGAGAAUCCCAGACAAACACUGGCCAAGGGCCAGAGCACACCAAGGCUCUUCUCCAUCAAGCCUUUCUACAGACCUCUUGGGUCCAUCAAUUCAGACAAGCCACCGACCAUCUUGCGACCAGCUACUAUCGGGGGCACUCCAGAAGACAGUGGCAUACAGGCAGCCAAGGGGCAAAAAGCGCCCUGUGUAUCUGAGAGCCAGUCUGCAGGAGCAGGUGCAGCUAGCACUUCCACUCAGGGAAAGGAAGGGCUGUACAGUGAGCCUUCCAAACGUGGGCCCUUAUCGAAACUGUGGACAGAGGACGGAGAGUUCACGAGUGCCCGGGCCGUCCUUACUGUAGUCAAGGAUGAAGAUCACGGGAUUUUGGACCAGUUUUCAAGAUCGGUCAAUGUAUCUUUGACCCAAGAGGAGCUGGACUCGGGUUUGGAUGAGUUGUCAGUGAGGUCUCAGGACACCACUGUCCUGGAGACUCUGUCCAACGAUUUCAGUAUGGACAACAUAAGUGACAGCGGGGCUUCCAAUGAGACACCCAAUGCCCUUCAGGAAAACUCACUGGCUGAUUUCUCUCUGCCUCAGACUCCCCAAACGGACAACCCCUCAGAGGGCCGAGAAGGGGUCUCUAAGUCAUUCAGCGAUCACGGUUUCUAUUCUCCUUCCUCCACACUGGGAGAUUCCCCAUCAGUUGAUGACCCCUUGGAAUAUCAGGCUGGGCUCCUGGUGCAGAAUGCCAUUCAACAAGCCAUAGCCGAGCAGGUGGAUAAGGUUGAGCAGGUGGAUAAGGCUGAGCAGCAAACCAGCAAGGAGGGAUCGGAACAGCAGGGACCUGAAGCAACAAUGGCGGAAGCCGAAAGCCAGGCUCCCACCUCCGAGAAGCCCCAGAGCAUGUUCGCACCACCUCAGGUGUCCUCUCCUGUUCAAGAGAAAAGGGAUGUAUUACCAAAGAUCCUCCCUGUGGAGGACAGGGCACUCAGGGAAAAGGGGUCCUCCCAGCCACUGGCAGCUGUGCAGCAGCCCAGUGGACCUGUCAAUAUGGAGGAGACCAGGCCUGAAGGAGGCUAUUUCAGCAAAUACUCAGAGGCAGCCGAGCUGAGAAGCACAGCCUCCCUCCUGGCUACUCAAGAGUCUGAUGUCAUGGUUGGGCCUUUCAAACUGAGGUCAAGGAAGCAGCGGACUUUGUCCAUGAUUGAAGAAGAGAUCCGGGCAGCCCAGGAAAGGGAAGAGGAGCUGAAGCGGCAGAGGCAAGUGGCGCAGAGCACCCCCAGCCCCAGGGUCAAGAACGCCCCAUCGCUGCCUUCUAGAACUACCUGCUACAAAACUGCUCCAGGGAAAAUAGAGAAAGUCAAACCUCCUCCAUCCCCCACAACUGAAGGUCUCAGCUUGCAGCCUGACUUAGCCCCUGAAGAGGCUGCCGGAACCCAGCGGCCCAAGAACCUGAUGCAGACCCUCAUGGAAGACUAUGAGACACACAAAUCUAAAAGGCGGGAGAGAAUGGAUGAUAGUAGUUACACCUCUAAGUUACUGUCUUGCAAGGUGACUUCCGAGGUCCUGGAGGCCACACGGGUUAAUCGAAGAAAGAGUGCUCUGGCCUUGCGCUGGGAGGCAGGGAUUUAUGCCAACCAGGAGGAGGAGGACAAUGAGUAAACUUCCUUCAGCCCAGGAAACUCCUUUGCUAAAGGAGUUUCAGCAAAGAAACCAAGAAAUGAUCAAGUCAGAAGCAUUUUAAUGGACUAUUUAUUAAAGUGCAUACAAGCUCAACAAUCCUCAUGUAGACCAGAAGCUGCAAUACAUAAUGAUUAAAAACAAAACAAACAACAACAAAACAAAGCGAAGUGAACAGGAAGUUCAUCAAAAUCUGAGAUCAGAAAGGAAAGGAUUUCUUUGUGACUCAAAGAAGCCCCUGGCUUUGGACCAUUCCACAACUGAUCCAAAGGGACACAGACAUGACAAACGAGUCAACACAGUUGCUGCGGGCAGAACUGAAGCCAGCCUUGGUUGGGUGGUGAUGAGGAGCAAACAGUGAUGUGGCCAUUCCAAGGCAACAAACAAGGCCCAGGCUGGGGCAGCCUAGAGCACACAGGCUGUUCCUCCACACCAGCUUCCCACUCCUUCCUCGACUGAGGCAUCAGAAGUGUUGGGUUGACUCCAUUUUUGCCAGCAGCUAUAAAAACAAGUGGUGUUUCUUUCCGUAGUUGCUCCAAGAGGGACAGUGAUGAUUCAGUCUCUCUUACAUGUAAUCAUUUUUAAUUGGGAACACUUAAUGGUCACCAUGUAUAAAAUCUGUAUUUUUAAGACAAUAUCUCUUCAUGUUGCAGAUACAAUCUAAUUCUACAGUAGGAGGUUGAGAAUGGUAGGGGAGAGAGCCAAACCAAAUGGGUUAUUAGCUUUAGGACCUUGUCUGCUUUUACUGUUGACUGAUCAGUUUAGGGAAACACUUUCACAGUUAUGUUUCUUCAUAUGAAAACUAUAUUUAGUGGGCAAUGACUAUUUUUAUGAUGGGAUAGGGGAGUAGGAACAUGGAUAAAACCUGUACACACUGAACAACUUGGUUCAAGAUGGUAGGCAUAUUUUAAGAAUGGCAAUAAUUGAAAAUAAAAGGGGACAAACUUUGCCUUAGAAAGGUAGAUGAUCAGAAGUAAGGGGUUUAUAACUAUUUUGUAUUUUAAAAUGGGCCUUACAGGUGGUUGGGACAUAGGAUGGAUUGUUUUUGAUCUGAGAAAGGCAUCAUUAAAGUCAUGGAGGUAGGGAGAGAAAAGGAGAGGGAGGGAGAAAGAGCAGGAAAGUAAGUAAAGAAGAGAGAUUAUUUUUGCUGAACCAGUGUUUUUCAGGAUGACAAAGAGAAAAUUAUAGACUAGAAAUGUAAGUACAGACAUGGAAUCAGCUACAAAGCCUAAAGAUGGUGUGUAUGCCUUUGUGUGCCUGUAUGAAGAGUGUAUGUUCACAAGUUAGGAUAUGCCUGUGUGUGUGUGUGUGUGUGUGUGUGUGUGUGUGUGUGUGUGGUGUGUGUGUGUUAAAAUUCCGGGUUGAUCAUGAUACAUGGGUGUACAGUAUUUUCUCCAUAGCUGUCUGCCAGCUUCAGGAGUGAGUGACUUUUUUUUUUUUUUUUUUUUUUUUUUAAUGAAAAGGGAUAUAAAGGCACAGGGCUGAUGCAGUAUUUCUAAUAUUGAACUGACCUAACGUGGUGUUUGCAUGAGUCACAGUUGUGAAGUUUUGAGCAGUUUUGUAUUGGUAAUUUGACAUUUAGAACACAUCCUAUUUAUUCUCCUGCUUUGUAUUCAUGCCUCAUGUACUGUAGAGGAUGCCAGCUUUACUCUUUCUGUCAUUUAAAGCAAUAUGAUAAGGGGCGCUCACUAAUCAGGUGCCCUGAGUGUCUGGAUGAAAAACAAAAUGUUUAAUUUCUGGCCGGGAAGGGCAUGGGGAGGAGGGGGAUAAGGAGUCGGAGGAGGAGAAGAAAGAAGAACUAACCAGCCUUCAUUAAUUUUCCUUUAUUUUAAACCUAUUUCUUACAAGCAAUAAUUAAAUCCAACCUUGCUAAAAUUCAUUUUUGUUUUUAUGUUAUUAUAAGAUCUAAUAUGUUAUUCUAUUAAGUAGCAACUCCACAAUAUUUAUAUGUACUGUUCCACAUACUAUCUUUGCUCUCUUUUAUUAACCUAAUGUUGACUUUGGGGGAGAAAGCUUAUUCACUGAUAAGCAGUGGGCACAAGGUCAAAAAGAUGGAAUUGACCAAUGACUUAUAAGGAUGUUUAAAAACUGCCAAGGGAACCUGUAGUUUGAAGCCAAAUUCUGCAGUCACUAGCCAAAAUUGUAUGUUUGAAGUGCACAUCGUUUUUAGAUGGUUCGCUCUCUUAGAAUGUUUUUUUAAAUGCUAGCCACCGGGGACAGAAAACAAAUGAGAACUCUGCGGCAAGGAAUUUGCUUUAUAGUGAUGGAAGCUGGUCCAAAAGCAAAUGUCCCAUAACAUGACAUCCAUGUCAGAUUUGAAGUCCCACUAGGUAGAUGGGCACACUGGAGAAGGGCUGGAGGCCCCAAAUGCCUGGCCUCGGUACACCAAGACAUAAAUGUUCCUUCCCCAGGGAAAGACAGGGAUAAGGACACAGGGGGGUUGGGGAGGGGAGCUGCAGUGUCCCGUGGCCCCCACACAGUGGCAGUUAGAAUGGCUAGAGAGUAGGAUAGUAAUAUGAGCCUCACAAAAAAGAAAAUGUACUUUGUUUUCUAGUUUCUGCUAGAGACUGUGGAAGCAAUACAGACCAACUUUCCCAUUUUUCACAAGUGGAAACAGUCCUCAUGACUUCCUUAAACUUCUAGUCCUGUUUGGAAGGGGCCCCUGGACCCUCAUGGAGGUUACACUGAGGAAAGAAUUGGUGGCAGCUGGAGCUCACACACUCCACGGACUUACUUCAAUGGCAGAUGAAGUGCUUUUUUGACUGCAGUAGAUUGAACACGAAAUUCUGAAGGAUGAGGGAUUCGAGAGCCAGCGGUGGGCCAUACUCCGUUUGUAGAUGAGGAGAAACCCUGUUUUUGCUACUCUUCCCUGGUCACACAGCUUUAUUCACUGUGGCCGCUCCUUCUCCAAAUCCUACUGUUUUCCCUGAGGACUACCCUCUGAGGUGUCCUUGCUCUCCUGGCUGACCGCUCCAGUGUAUUUUAUUAAGAUGGUCAUCAGAGCUCCCUCGGAGAUUCAGCUUUUCUGUGUUCUUGGGAGGUCUUUUUGUUGUUGUUUGGGGGGUGGCAUUUUGUUUAUUUGUUUUUCCUCAUUCAAGAAAUAUUUGAGCCAUUGCUUUGGACAUAUCACUGUGCUAGGCUCUAGGAUCCCACGUGGGCCCCUGUCACUCUCCCAACACGGAGCAGAUCCCCGGAGGAGUCUUUCUGGCCCCGGGAGCCCGAAAUGAGGAGGCGCCUCAUCAGUUUCGCCUCCGAUGCGGGGCUCUACCCUGCAACAGCACACAAAGCUUGUUAGUCUCCGCUGUAAGAAACGUUUAGCUUCUGUAGAUGUUACAACCUUCCUGAAGGAAUUCCACACGCACUUCCCCUCCAGAGCCUGUGACUCGACAGCCUUGGCUUUCUCACCUAGAAAUGGAGGAAGCAGAGUCUGUCAGUGGCAGAAGCCGGGCUGCACUCGGAUGACAUAGUGCAUGUGCUCUUACCCACGCAUGCUGCCCACUAGGCAAUGGCAUAGAAGCAGUAUUUAGAUCAGUGUCCACACCCAUAGACACGUGCACACUCUGUCUUACACACGUUCACGAUAAAACAAGGCACACCAAAACAGUGUUGAUUGUUGUACUUACAAUUUUUUUCCCACUUGAAGAAUGGACUUAAACUAUGUAUUCAAAAAUAAAAUAGCCUAAGUGUUAGAGGUGGUGAAUGUAUCCAGUUUCAGUUACAAACACAAUUUCCUGAACUUUAAGCAUUCAGUGAGCUGCCAACUUUGAUUUUGUGUUGCUCUUUAUCCAAAUGGCUUUUUCUUUUUUUAUUUUUUUUCUCUUUUAAAUUAGAGGAAGGGUGGGGCGGGGGAAGCAGCAAUACUGUGUUUGAAAAAUUAUGCUCUGUACCUGGCUUUCCUGUGUUAUGUUAACCACUUAAAUGUUUUUACUCCGCUUUGAUUUUAUAAUGAGUGUGAGGCAUUCGAUGCAACUAUACAGUUAUUUUCUCAUUAAA